AUGCUGACCUACGUCAUAACUUCAUAUGUAUUAUGUAUUUUCUUUGGCUGUUCAUCAGUUCUUAUAAUGUGUGGAAACCUUCUGGUAAUAAUCUCUAUCAUAUACUUCAAACAGCUCCACACUCCUACAAACUACCUCAUCCUCUCUCUGGCUGUGGCUGACCUGCUUGUUGGUGUUGUAGUUUUGCCUUUUAGCACAAUACUGGCUGUAAGCUCAUGUUGGCAUCUUGAAGGUUUGCUCUAUAGAUAUUAUGCAGUGUGUCAGCCUCUGAGGUACAGAACUAAAAUAACUGUCCGUGUUAUUGUGAUCAUGAUCCUAGUGAGAUGGACUAUUUCUGCACUAAGUGGAAUUGGCCUCACAAUCCGGGGAAUAAACGAAGAACAAUCUAACAAGUGUGUUUUAUUUCAACACACAAGCUCAGCAGCUUUGGGAACUUUUUUUACCUUUUACCUCCCAAGUAUUGUACUGUUCACCAUCUACCUAAAGAUUUUUAUGGUGUCACAGAGACAGGUACGCAGCAUCCAGAACACAACCUGUCAGAACACUAAGUCUGAAGCAACCAUCAGUAAGAUGGAGAGAAAGGCCACCAAAACUCUGGCUAUUGUUAUGGGAGUUUUUCUCAUCUGUUGGAAUCCUUUCUUUCUUUGUAUCACCUUUUACCCUUUGAGUAAUUACACAAUACCAGUUUCUGUGAUUGAAACUUUUAAAUGGCUUGGAUGGUCAAAUUCAAUGCUCAAUCCAUUUGUCUACGGUUUCUUUUAUACCUGGUUUCGAACUUCUUUCAAAAUGAUAAUUUCUGGGAAAAUAUUUCAGGGUGAUUUUACUAAUUCUAAACUCUACUGA